CUCGUCCAGGCAGUGACUACUAAAGGCCCCAAGCUUGUGAGCGCUGCAGUCAGCUACUCACGGCCACGUCUUGCGACUUUCUGGUACUAUGCUCGUGUGGAACUGACUCCUCCCAGUCCAGCAGAGAUUCCAAAAGCCAUCGACAGCUUAAAAGGAUUGGUACAGUCAUUCCAGAGGGGCCGCCUGUCUGAGCUUACUGUCAGGGAUGCUGUCAGAAAUGGCCUGGUUGCAACUGAGGUUCUAUUUUGGUUCUAUAUCGGAGAAUGCAUUGGAAAAGGUGGCCUGAUUGGAUACAAUGUCUGAAGCCUUCUGUUUUGUACAGUUUUAAAUCCUUUCAUUCUUUUUGUGAAAUAAUAGACUCAGUAAAUUAAAAUUCACUACAC